GGAGCGGCGGCCGCAGGGGCCGGGCGGCGGCUGAGGGGCGGCGGGGGCCGGGAUGCUGCCGGCGCUGCCGGACGGCGACGAGCGGGAGCUGGAAAGCAGCGAGGAGGGCGGCGCCGGAGAGGAGCGGCGGCCGGAGCGGCACGGCAGCACCUACCACAGCCUCUACGGCUACCGGAGCCGCAGAUCUUCACAGCAGGGAGCAGACAGUGGGGAUGGCAGUCCCGGCAGUGCAGCGGCAGAGACACCCUCCAGCGAAGAUUUCAGCCUCACCUUGCUGGACACCAACUUACCAACUGAAGCAGAAACUGAAUUGCGUAGUUUUAUUGCUAAGCGUCUGACUAAAGGAGCGCUUUUUGAAGGGAUGGGGAAUGUAGCAUCUGUGGAUUUGAGCAUACCAGAAUAUAAAGUUGGUUGUUAUUACUGUCUUUUGAAACAAGAAAAUCUUCUAGAAACGCCAAUACUGGAAUCGGACAUAAAUGCUUCAGAAUAUGUGGUUUGUUUCCUGGGUGGCUCAGAGAAAGGUCUGGAACUUUUCAGACUUGAGCUGGACAAAUACGUUCAAAGUCUCAAGCUACGCCUUGAUGUGGAGCAAAAAAACUUGGAGACCUAUGUUAACCCCUAUUUGAGAAGCUGGUUUGAGAAUUCCAUAUGCCCUAUUCAAAGAGUAGUACAGCUCUUUCAGGAGAAACUCGCCUUCUUGUUACAUGCUGCAUUGAGUUAUACUCCCGUGGAAGUAAAAAAUGCAGAUGAAAGAACAGAAAAAGACAUUAACAGGUUUCUGGCAGCUGCCAGUCUCCAAGGACUUGUUCAGGAAGGCACAAUGACCUCCUUGUGCAUUGCCAUGACUGAGGAACAGCACAAGUCAAUGAUUAUAGACUGUAGUGGACCCCAGCCUCAGCUGCACAAUGCAGGAAGCAACAGAUUUUGUGAGGACUGGAUGCAUGCUUUUGUAAACGGUGCUGAAGGUGGAAAUCCAUUUCUCUUCCGGCAGAUUUUGGAAAACUUUAAAUUGAAGGCUAUACAAGACAUUAACAACCUGAAGAGGUUUAUUCGACAGGCUGAAAUGAACCACUACGCCUUGUUCAAGUGUUACAUGUUUUUAAAGAACUGUGGCAGUGGAGACAUCCUUUUGAAGAUUGUUAAAGUAGAACAUGCAGAAAUGCCAGAAGCCAGAAAUGUAGUGACUGUCCUUGAGGAAUUCAUGAGAGAAACAGCAGUGGCUUAAAAUUAUCUAAAUUAUUCGACACUUGUUGGAGGGUAUUGUAUAAAUCAUUAAUUUCUUCUUUGCAGCUUAGUUUCACUAUUGAAAUUUUAAUUUAUAUUUACAAGUAUUACCCAAGUCAAACCGAAGUUGCAAUUUCAGCUACUUUUUUUUUUUGAGAAAGCAGUAUGAGCUUUUUUUAUUGUGAUUUACACAUUAAAAUGUGUAAAUGUGUUUUAAUGUGAUUUACACUAGAUCUUACAAACUCACACAUAGUUUUCAGCGCUUACCAGAUUCUCCAAAUGACUUGUUCUUUUUCUGACGAAGUCAUGACACUUGUUUUUACUGUCAUUGUAUGGAAAAGAAAAAUUCCUUAGCUCACGAGCAUUUCAGUGUUCUAGAUAUUUUUAAAUAUAUUUGAAAUUAUCAUGUCUAAUCAUUAAGAUCUGGUUAGUUUUAAUAGAAAAAGAAGCACAAACAUUUGGAUAAAUCAUAACAAAUGAGUUCAUCAUUGUCUCUUCAUAUAAGAGAACAUGGGUAACAAGUCUGUAGCUAGUUUCUACAUUCUAUUUUCGAAGCAGCAGUUUGUUCUCCUACUAAAUAAGCAACUUGUUAAUUGAUAGGAAACAGAAUUGCCUGAAGACUGAACAGAGUUUUAGGAAUCAGUUUGCAUGUGCUUCUAUCGAUGUAUACAUAUGCUGGUCAGGCAUGUUAAAUUCCCAGGCUAGAUGAUGAAUUAAAUUCUUCAUUAGUUUGCAUUUUUUGUGAUCAAGAUCUUCUUUGUACAUUCCUAGUACCCAUUUUGCCAAAUUGAAAAUAAUCAUGUUUUCCAGUAGUGAAUAAUUAAUUCUGAAGAUUUUGUAGGUGCAAUAUUAACUUAAUAGAAGCUUUUUCAGAAAUUGAAGUAAACUAAGUUUCCAAAUUAAUUAUUCAGAUUUGAAAACACUUGACUGUAUUUCAGCAAUGAAUUCUUAUCCACAUCAUGGGACAUUUAGACAAUAGAAUACUUGAAUAUCUUUGCCUACAGAUGGAAUCAAAACUAACAAGGUCUCUAGGUGACCAUAUAAUUGAGGACUAUUUCUGCCAUCUGAUAUAAGCAAAAGUGCCUAUUGCUUUCCUUUGCAGCAGAGGGUGUUUGAAUGCCUAACUUGGAACAUUUGAACAACUCUCCCAUUCAAGGCCUGAAACACCAACUAUAACAAUCCCCUGAUGCAGUUAAGUUUGUUUGUUCUGCCAGUCCUGUAUACUGUGAUAAGUCAAAAGCUUUCCGGUGACGGUGCUGUGUUGGACCUAUAAUAAGGCUUACAAUAAAAGGUAUUCAAAUCCUUA